GCCCAGCUGCGCCUCCGCCCUCCUCGCAGCUCCCCGAGUGGCGCCUCCUUCGAGCGCGGGGCUGGACUGUCCCGCCCGCCCCGUCUGGCUGUUCUGCUGCUGCCGCCCGGCGGCGCGAGGAUACGGGCACGGCUCUUCCCAGCGCGCCGCGAUGCGGAAUCCGUCUCUAGAAGGAACCUGACUGGAUUCCCAAGGAUGGAGCCCUCCUGCUUUCUGCGCUUCUUGCCGCUCUUGUUGCUGUGCCCAGCAGGAGCCCCCUUCCGGAUCUGUGCCUUCAACACUCAGCGCUUUGCCCAAGGGAAGGCAAGCAAGGCCAGCGUCAUGGACACACUUGUCAAGAUCCUCUCUCGUUGUGAUAUCGCUGUCCUACAAGAGGUGAUGGAUGCAAAGGGAAAAGCAGUUCCUGCCUUGGUGGCUGCCCUGAAUCGGUAUCAUAGUUCUAGUCCCUAUACCUACCUCACCAGCCCUCUGCUGGGCCGGAACAACUACCAAGAACGCUAUGUAUUCAUAUACAGGGAACAGAAGACUCGGAUGCUAGACUUCUACUCCUACGAGGACAGACAUCCAGACCGGCCUGAUGUCUUCGCUCGCGAGCCCUUCAUUGUUCGCGUCAGCGUUCCAAACAAAAAACUCAAGGAGCUGGUGUUGAUCCCACAGCACACAAUGCCCAAGGCAGCUGAAACUGAAAUAGAUGCUCUCUAUGAUGUUUUCCUGAGUGUGAAGGAACGCUGGGGCACAGAGGAUAUGAUUUUCUUGGGUGAUUUCAAUGCUGACUGUGGCUAUGUGGCAAAGAAACGCUGGGGACAAAUCCGCCUACGCCAAGACCCCGGCUUUCAUUGGCUCAUCGGUGACAAUGCCGACACCACCGUUCGGGACACAACCCACUGUGCCUACGACAGGAUUGUGGUGCAUGGAGAACGCUGCCUGGCUGCUGUGGUGCCUGGAUCUGCUCAGCCGUUCAACUUUGCCAAAGAAUUUGGGCUCUCAGAAGCAGAGGCUUUGGAGAUCAGCGACCAUUAUCCUGUAGAGGUGGAACUGAACAGAGCCCAUUGGAGAUGCCAGCAAGCCAGUCCAGCUGGUCUUGUCUUGCUGGCCUUAGUCGUGCUGGCUGGCUCAGGAUAUGGCAUCUAAAGCUGUUCUGAUACCAGGGGUCCAAAUGCUGGUGGCUGCCUUGACUCUACAGUUACAGAAGUGUAGAACUGCCAAGAGGAUUCCCUUUUUUUUACAUGAGAAUGGAUGGCUUGCCUGUGGUCUCCCAUGGAGCGUGCUUUGACGUGGGACUUUCAAAGUUCACACUUGGUCAGCUAGCAUAUUUUUGUUGCCCCUGCAGUCCAGUACAAGCAGAUUCUAAACACUGAAGGAAGCACUAUAUUGAUGCAGUCGGAGCCCCCUCUGCAGCGGAAGGGAACGUGGAUCUUUCAGCACAACUGGACCACUUAUAGGAAGGUGAAUUCUGUCUGGCAACUGCACCAAAGAAGAGUUACAUGGAUUUUCAGGCACUCUCAUUCUCUUGCAGAGUCUAGGCUUCCCAGGACCAGAUCUAGGUACUGUUUCAGGCUGCUUCAGAAAUUUGCAAAAAGGGAACCAGCCUGCUGCUGAUGAAAGUUUGUGUCACUGCUCAGUUACAAUCAAAGAAUUGGGAUGGGCCUUGAAAAGGGCCAACGAAUCAUCUGACCUUUUGCCAGAAGGACCUAUCCACACACAGUACAGACAUGGGACUGUACCGUUCUGGACUACAGGUGGGGUUCAUUGAAACUGAAUGCUGCUCUGUGUCAAAAACUGUCUCUCUGUGAAAAGCUGGCAUAUCAGAGAGAAGGAGGCCCCAUCUGCACCAUUUAAAGCAGGAUCACAGCACCUUAAUCAGCCAUGGUUUCCCCCAAAGCAUCCUAAGGAGAGUAGUAAGUUAAGGAUGUUGAGAGUUGCUAGGAAGCCCCUGUUCCUCUCACAGAGCUGCAAUUCCCAGAGUUCCCUGGGCAGAGGGGUUGACUGUUAAACUAGUCUGAAAAUUGUAGCUCUGGAAGGAGAAUGGGGGUUGCUCCUUGUAAUUCUCAGCACCCUUAAGAAACUAGAGCUCCCAGGAUUGUUUGGGGGGAAGCCAUGGCUGUUUCAAGUGGCAUGAUACUACUUUAAAUGGGUGGUGCAGCCAGAGCCAGAAGCUGCUAUCAUUCUCCCUGUUGUGUUAAUUCCCAGGGUGCAGGGAGGGGUUUUUUAAUAGGAGGUGGAGCCUACCUGCAUUUUGAAGUAGCACAGUCCUAAUAAGGCUUCACAAAGGACUUUUCCCAUGUGAGUAAAUCUCAAUACCCAACCUAAAAAAAGUCUUCCAAGCAGAGGCGUAUGAAGGGGGGGC